CACGAGAAAAUCUGCCAAGUUUUCCCGCUCCAUUCUUGAAAAUCUCUCUCCCUCUCUUCCCCCUUCAUUUGGCUUUUGCCCUAGAGAGAGAGAGAGAGAGAGAGUGAGUGAGAGUGAGAUGAACGAAGCGAAGUGAAGAGAGAGAGACAGAGACAUGCGGAGGAGCUUCUUCCAUGGAAAUGGAUACUCCAGAGAGGACCCAGAUCGCUUCAUCCUCCACUCCCAUCUCUAAGUUUGAGGAUUCUCCGGUGUUUAAUUACAUCAACAAUCUGUCCCCUAUCAAACCCGUUAAGUCCACCCACAUCACUCAGACAUUCAGCUCUCUUACCUUUGCAUCCCUUCCCUCCAUUUUCACUUCUCCUCAUGUCAGCUCUCACAAGGAAUCAAGGUUCCUCAGAAGGCACCAGAGCCUGGAUUCAUCGAAACUGAAAAGUCCUGGAAAUGCGGAGAAAGCAAGUACCAAUGAAGGGGCUGAGGCUGAGCUUCGGGAGAAUUUCGAUGCUGGAAUUUCCAUUGCAUCAGCUUCCGCUGAGCAACUCAGUGAACACACCGAGUUUGCAAUCGAACUGCCGCGGACCUUAAAGUAUGAUUGCGGCAGCCCAGAUUGUGGCCCUACUGAGGAGGCGGGCAUUCAAGGGGCCGAUAGUAUCAAUCAGCUUGAAGGGGAAGCGGAUCCCGGGAACAAGCAAACAGAUCCAGGAUGUGACUGGGAGAGUCUGGUCUCGGAAACUGCAGACCUACUCAUCUUCAGUUCCCCAAACGAUGCCGAGGCCUUUCGAGGGAUCUUUCACAAGUCGCCGGGUCUCGGGACAGGAAUAGGUGCUUCUCUAUCUUCAACUUUGCUUCAAAGUAAUAUGACCGAUGUACAGAAAAUGCAACUCUUGUUCCAAAUUGCUCCGGGUGAACACCCUGAAAUGGGAGAUGCUUUGGAGAAUAUAGAAAUGAAGCAUACUCAGGAGGAUCUUGGAAGUGAUGAUUUAGAGAGUAUGGGGAUCUACCCGAGUGAUGGUUGCGAGAAUGAGGCAGCACCCCAUGGCCCUUUUGCAGAUACGAAGCCUGUCUCGAAUUUGCACCGUGGCAUGAGGAGGCGCUGCCUAGAUUUCGAGAUGGCAGGAGCUCAUCCCCACAGAAGCUUACCUGACAGUUCUAGCUAUUCAUCCUCAUUAUCUCAUUCCAAAGACAAGAUGGCCUCAAAGAAUCUUCAGCUUGCUUCCGUCAAUAAUAAGCGAGGAGGUGAAUCUUCCAGACACGUUUUACCUGGGAUAGGUCUGCAUUUGAAUUCUUUGGCUUCAGCAAAGGACUAUAAAGCCAUCAAGCGCGAUACUCUGUCCUCUGAAACCCAAGUGUCGAAUAUCCAUGGUCAAGAAUUGCUUCCUCAACCUAUGAAUUCGACUGCUUCUGAUAAAGAAGCUGAUGAAAGUGGGAACAUUCCCACAGAAGAUACUUCAAAAGCACUAGUGCUACUGAGCCCUGAAGAGCUGAAUCCUAGUAGCCCUCGAAAGAAGAGGCGUAGAGUCGAGCAUAGUGGAGAAGCUGAGGCCUGCAAGCGGUGCAACUGCAAGAAAUCAAAAUGUUUGAAGCUUUACUGUGAAUGCUUCGCCGCUGGUGUCUACUGCAUCGAACCGUGUGCUUGCCAAGACUGCUUCAACAAACCCAUUCACGAAGAUACUGUUCUUGCAACUCGGAAACAGAUCGAGUCACGAAACCCAUUAGCAUUUGCUCCUAAAGUGAUCAGAGGCUCCGAUUCUAUCACCGAGCUUGGGGAUGAUACCAUGAAAACACCAGCUUCAGCACGACAUAAGAGAGGAUGUAACUGCAAGAAGUCGAGCUGCUUGAAGAAAUACUGUGAAUGUUAUCAGGGUGGUGUUGGGUGCUCCAUCAACUGCCGGUGUGAAGGAUGUAAGAAUGCGUUUGGUACAAAAGACGGAUCAGUUCUAGGUGGAGCAGAGUGUGAACCUGAAGAGGAAGAAACAGAAAAAUUUGAAAAGACUGGGCUUGAUGUGAUUCCAUUGAAAACCGAACACCCAAGGAGUGAGGAGCAGAUUCCCUCUGCUGUUCUUCCUAGCACACCGUCGGGGCUUUCCAGACCUCCAGUUCAGAUGGCAUUUCCUCCAUCGAAGGGUAAGCCCCCACGAUCAUCUUUCCUGACUACAAUUGGAUCGUCGUACAUACUGAAUGCCGCCCAAAAAAUGGGAAAGACUGAGUUUCUACUGCCUCCCCCGCCCAAGUUUGAGAAGCCACCUCCGCAGCCCAACACCGAAGAUGAGAUGCCAGAAAUUCUAAGAGGCAGCACAACUCCAACUGCGAGCAUAAAGACGGCCUCUCCCAACCGCAAGAGGGUAUCUCCUCCUCAUGGAGAGUUCGGUUCCUCACCGAGCCUGAGGAGCGGCAGGAGAUUGAUCCUGCAAUCCAUCCCUUCUUUUCCUUCUCUCACUUCCCAGCAUUAGAUAAGGACGCCUGAUCUUCGGAUGAAGAUCAUUUCUUGGUUGCUCUUAGUUUUGCUGUGUAAGGACCUUCAUUUAGGCGAAGAUGUCAAGUUUGUGUAUCUGUAAAAUAAAGUCAGGGUUGUAUCGUGUUCUCUUGAUAAUUACCUGUUAUACUAAUAUCAUCUCAAGCUACUUCGGCCACAAAA